AUGCUGGGAAAUGUGGAAGGAGAGAUAAGGAAGGAAUUGCUAGAAGUAAGACAAAUGGAUCUAAUUGCUGUGGUGAUGGGUAACGUCAAUAACCAUUUUGACUUCUCGCCAAAGGCCGGCUCCAAUUUCUCCAGGUUAGUCCUGACCAACCCAUUCGAUUAUACGUCAGGAACAGACAAAGUUUGGGAAUACCGGCUGCAGGUUUCCGUAACAGAUGAUAAUCUGUUAUCAAGUGCUGAAAGGACUUCAGUCCAUGUUCAAAACGGCACAGUAAAGUUGACCAUCCGAGUGAUUCCGGAUCCAACCACGGUGAUUCCUACCACACCUGGUGUGACCAUUGUGACCAGCAAAGAAAACGUCUAUGCUUCAUCGGCUUGGUAUGUGCCAUUUUUCAUGGUCAUUGGAAGCUUUUUGCUACUGGGGUUCCUCGGCUAUCUGACCGUUUUGCUGGCAAAAUACCUGCGUUCCUGCUGCCCACCAAAACCCAAAGCGGACACGAAGCCGUAA